UUCACUUGUCUCUAUCUACCAAACCCUCUAUCUCAUCUUACAUAUACCCAUCAAACGUCGACAAAACCAAGCAACCAUGUCCGCCGAAUCCCUCCCCAUCAGCCCCGCUGCCUUCGCCGAAGCCAUCAAAGAGCUUCCCCUCCCUGUGCUCUACGCCAAAGUCUCCGAGAUCCGCAACUCCAUGGCGCACCUCCACCGCUCCAACCAGGAACUGAGGACAUUCAUCAACGAGUCAUGCGACACGGACUCCGAAAAGCAAGAACUAGAGGCAUAUAUCAAGGAGAACGAGGACGUGGCAGUGUCUAUGCUGGAGAGAAUCGAGCUAUUGAAGACAGAGGUGGAAAAUCGGGGACAGAAAUGGAUUGAGCUGGAUGAUCCGGAGAAGGAGAAGGAGAAUGGUGAAGGGACUGCCAAUGGAAGUGAGAAUGGAACGGUGGAAGGAACGGAGGAGGCGCGGAACCCCGCUGCGGGGAAUGAGGACCGGAAUCAAGAUCACGAUCAGGACGAGGACCCGGAGGGAGUUUAUCUGUAGUCAUGGGUCUCCGUCUUGGUGAUGAAUUCGAGACCAGGAAAGGUACAAUGCGGCUUUUGAGGAAUAUCCAUCUAUCGCAUACGGGAACUUCUACAUGAGCAGCUCCCGACUACCUCACCUACCGCCGAGAGUGUCGCAAUGUCGCAUUUGCAGGCCAU